GGGAGGAUGUGAUUCACAUGCUGAAGACAGAGAAAACCAAACCUGAAGUUUUGGAAGCUCACUAUGGCUCUGCCACCCCAGAGAACGUGCUCCGAGUGCUGCACAGGGAUGCCAUCCUGGCCCAGGAGAAGUCUCUAGGGGAAGAUGUCUAUGAGAAACCCAUUUCAGAGCUGGACAGGCUUGAGGAAAAGCAGAAGGAGACGUACCGGCGCAUGCUGGAGCAGCUGCUGCUGGCAGAGAAGUGCCACCGCCGCACGGUCUAUGAGCUGGAGAACGAGAAACACAAGCACACAGACUACAUGAACAAGAGUGAUGACUUCACCAACCUCUUGGAGCAGGAGCGGGAGAGGUUGAAGAAACUCCUUGAGCAGGAGAAGAUCUAUCAGGCCCGGAAGGAGAAGGAGCAUACAAAGAGACUGAAUAAACUCCGAGAAGAGUUGGUCAAGCUCAAAUCCUUUGCACUCAUGCUGGUGGAUGAAAGGCAAAUGCAUAUUGAACAGCUUGGCCAACAAAGCCAGAAAAUCCAGGACUUGACCCAAAAACUAAAGGAAGAGGAAGAAAAGCUCAAACUUGUUAGUGCAAAAACGAAAGAAGAUGGCCAAAAGCUGCUGAGGUUGGAGGCGGAACUUGACCGCAAGACGUCGUCCUUUUGUCAAGAGCAUGAGGAGAUGAGUGCUAAGCUGGCUAAUCAGGAGUCCCACAACAGGCAGCUGAGGCUGAAACUGGUGGGGCUGACUCGCAGAAUAGAAGAGCUGGAAGAGACCAACAAGAACCUGCAGAAAGCUGAGGAGGAGCUUCAGGAACUAAGAGAUAAAAUCGCCAAAGGGGAAUGCGGGAACUCCAGCCUGAUGGCGGAGGUGGAGAACCUCCGCAAGCGCGUCCUCGAAAUGGAGGGCAAAGACGAGGAGAUCACAAAAACGGAAUCCCAGUGUAAAGAGCUGAAAAGCAAACUGCAGGAGGAAGAGCACCACAGCAAGGAGCUGAAGCUUGAAGUGGAGAAACUGCAGAAAAGAAUGUCGGAACUCGAGAAGCUGGAAGAGGCUUUCAGUAGAAGUAAGUCCGAAUGCACCCAGCUCCACUUAAACCUGGAGAAAGAAAAGAAUUUGACCAAGGACUUGAUAAACGAGUUGGAAGUGGUGAAGACUCGAGUGAAGGACCUUGAGGCAUCCGAGAGCAAGCUGGAAAAGGCUGAAAUAAGCUUAAAGGACGACCUUACAAAGCUGAAGUCGUUUACUGUCAUGCUGGUGGACGAACGAAAAAACAUGAUGGAAAAAAUCAAACAGGAGGAGAAAAAAGUGGAGGGGCUGAACAGGAGUUUUAAAGUCGAGCAAGAGAAAGUUAUGGAUGUAACAGAGAAGCUGAUAGAAGAGAGUAAGAAAUUUCUGAGGCUGAAAUCCGAAAUGGAGGAAAAAGUGUCGAGUUUGACAAAGGAAAGGGAUGAGUUAAUUGGCAGGCUGAGAAGUGAAGAGGAAAGAUCCUCUGAACUGAGCUGCAGGGUUGACCUGUUAAAGAAAAGGAUCGAUGGUAUGGAGGAAGUGGAGAGAGAAAUCACGAGGGGCCGAAGCAGGAAAGGACCAGAGCACGGCUGCCACGAGGACAACAAGAUUAAAGAACUCACUGUGGAGAUCGAAAGGCUGAAGAAACGCCUCAAACAGCUGGAGGUGGUGGAAGGAGAUUUGAUGAAGACAGAAGAUGAGUAUGACCAGCUGGAGCAGAAAUUCAGGACCGAGCAGGAUAAAGCUAACUUUCUCUCCCAGCAGCUGGAGGAGAUGAAGCUCCAGAUCGCCAAAACGAAAGCGAUCGAGAAAGGCGAAGCGGUGAGCCAGGAGGCAGAGCUGCGGCACAGGUUUCGGCUGGAGGAGGCCAAAAGCAGAGACCUGAAAGCGGAAGUUCAGGCUCUCAAGGAAAAAAUCCACGAGCUGAUGAACAAAGAGGACCAGCUCUCUCAGCUCCAAGUCGACUAUUCCGUUCUGCAGCAGAGGUUUGUGGAAGAAGAGAACAAAAACAAGAGCAUGGGGCAGGAGGUUGUGAGCCUAACGCGAGAGCUGGAGCUGUCGAAGCGCUACAGCCGCGCCCUGCGGCCCAGCAUAAACGGGCGGAGAAUAAUGGACGUUCCUGUGACGUCCACCGGCGUGCAAACUGAUGCUGUCAGCAGCGAGGCGGCAGAAGAGGAGACCCCAGCAGUGUUUAUAAGGAAGUCUUUCCAGGAGGAGAAUCACAUCAUGAGCAACCUGCGACAGGUAGGUCUGAAGAAACCCACGGAGCGCUCCUCGGUGCUCGAGAGAUACCCUCCGGCGGCGAAUGAACUUGCAAUGAGGAAGUCUUGGAUACCGUGGAUGAGAAAGAGGGAACCCGGGGCUCCGGCAGCUGCUGACAAAGGAGCCCGAAGCCAGAGCAGCGCGUCUCACCCCGGGGAGGUUGUCCUUUCACCGAAGCAGGGUCAACCUCUUCAUAUCCGGGUGACGCCGGACCACGAGAACAGCACAGCUACUUUGGAGAUCACCAGUCCGACCUCGGAGGAGUUUUUUUCCAGCACCACCGUCAUCCCCACGCUGGGCACUCAGAAGCCACGCAUAACCAUCAUCCCCUCUCCGAACGUCGUGCCACCGAAAGGAAAAGGCGGCGAGAGUCCCAUGGGCCCAGACCGAUCCAUGUCGCCAGUCACUAUAACAACGUUCUCCAGGGAGAAGUCCCCAGAGGGAGGGAGAGGACCUUUCGCGGACAGGCCCGCAUCUCCGAUCCAGAUUAUGACGGUGUCGACAUCCGCGGCCCCGGCGGAGAUCUCCGUCUCUCCGCAGUCACAAGACAUGACCAUGGGCAGGGCCGUCUUCAAAGUAACCCCCGAGAAGCAAACCGUUCCCACUCCCAUCCGCAAGUACAACGCCAACGCCAACAUCAUCACCACAGAGGACAACAAAAUCCACAUCCACCUGGGCUCGCAGUUCAAGCGCUCUCCGGCGGCCGCGCCCGAGGGGGCCAGCCCGCUGAUAACGGUCAGGCCGGUGAACGUCGCGGCGGAGAAGGAAGUGGUGACCGGGACUGUCCUUCGCUCGCCCCGCAACAACCUGGCCCCGCGCCCCGCAGCCAGCAAGGUGACGAGUACCAUCACCAUCACUCCUGCCACAACAUCUGCCACCCGCGGAACACAGUCAGUGACAGGACAGGAUGGGUCGUCCCCGAGACCUGCCCCCACCCGCAUUCCCGUGUCCAAAGAGAGUGUCAUCAUCCACCAGUUACACAUGAACUCCAGAUGAGCUGCAGGCUCUCUGCCGCACUCCCUUCCGUGCCAGCUUGGGUGGAUCGCUGGAGGAGCUCUCUGCCGGCAGCGCCAGGCUCACUUUGUGCUACUGAUUACUCCUGGAAGCGUUUCUUGCUUCCAAUAGGUUUUUAGCUGGGUUGUUUUUAUUGUUACUAUUGUUAUUGCUAUUACUGGUAGAGCUUUAGGGGCGAAGGGCCCUGCUGA